AGGGUGAGAGUGUGAGACACGGCACUGCACGGCAGGACACUCGACAAACAAACCGAUACCCCACAGUCUUUGAUUGCUGCCAUUUCGCCAUUUCAGUAGAAGCGUUCCCGCUGGUGGAAACAUCUUUGCCAACCCGAGGACACACUGGCAAAGUAGAGCAUUCAUUAAUUUUGGUGUCCAGGCCCACCUCAAGCAAAGUGCUUGGAAGGAAUCAUUGAUAUCUAUUUGUCCUCUCUUCUUGUACCACAACAACAUGACGAGCCCAACGGUCGCAGCUACGAUGCAGCAGAGUACUGACAUAUUCGACGAUGCGUUUUCCACAUUCAUUGACGAACAGAACGUCCCUGGUUUUGACAGCCUAAACAAGAGCUCCUUCUUUGACAAAGUCAUGAAUGCUUCCAAACUCUUUGAUGGCGAGGAUUCCUUGGCCGUUCUGAACGAUUCAUUUGUUACCCUCAAGCAAGCUUCUCGACUGAACCGCGCAAGACAGGCUUCUCGUCGUCCCGAUCGCAAGACUACGACCGCCACUUUCCCCGAAUUGGAGUCUUCUUUCUACCUCAAUGAAGGCAUUGACGAAGAAGGGAUGGUCGGUGAGAGCGAUACGGAGCGUGAAGAGGUUCCAGAGGAAUUCCAGGAAGAAAUCCUGUGUGCUUUUUUGCUCGAGAAGAUCAAGAGGAAAACAGCCGAACAAGAGCAAAAAGACAUACAGAAGAUUGCCGACACCAAUCAGAUGGCCCUAGCUCUGGCCAGCAUUGAGAAUGAAGACACCACAGGUACUGGCCAGGGAAAACAUUCUAAGCCAAAGGGAGACGACGGCGAGAGCGUCACGACUGCCACAGCAUCCAUUUCAUCUAGAUCAAGUGACGGGAGUGCCGUCGAGGAAGCCACCAAGAGAGCUUUGGCAUUGGCAAGUGUGGUCAGCAGUGCGGGGCAAGUAAUUCGUCAAACAAUCGAAUCCAAGACGAGAAGGACAUCUCAAGCUCAGCCUGGAUUACCUUCCGGCGAGGAUCAAGAUGACAAAGCUAGUGCUGGGGACGCCAAACCAAAGAGGCGAAGCGGCAGUAAAAGCCGAAAGAAAGCCGAGGAUGACGUGAAGGAAGAAUCGGUACCAGAGAGACGGAACCAAAGAAAGAGCGAACGUUCUGGCGCCAUCGGAUCAAAGCAUCGUCGUCGAAGGGCAGGUUCUGUGGAGGCUCGUCGCGUGUCUUCUGUGUCUUCUUCCAUGGAAGACAAGAGUGAGGUAGCAAUGGACGCGUCCUCCAAUCGCCGGUCGAUGGAAGUUUCCAGCCGCAAUGACAACAAUUCAAGACGCCGUGAGCGUCGCAGCAUGGCCAAGCCGGUCGCAGAAGCGUCUACUCCUCGUCGAAAACAACGACUGCGUGCGGAACGAUCCCGUUCCUUCGGCUGUGAAGCUGCCAAAGAAGCAGCAACCGCAUCCCCAACCCCGCCAACCAUUGUGGCGCCGACGACGCCCCGUCGUCCGCAGCGAUUGCGUGAACGCGCACGUUCCGGUGGUGACAAAGCCACCAAAGCUUCGGAGGGGUCAAACGUCCCGCCGUUGCCACCAACCUUGCUAUCACCGUCAACCCCUCGUAGGGCACGUCGAAUGCGUGAGCGGUCUCGUUCGUUUGGUCCCGUAGCUACCGGUACUGAUGCCCCCGUUGACGCUGCCGUACCACCGUCUCCCAUGACUCCAAGGAGGAACCGGACGCUCCCAACAGAACGGCCCGGCAGUGUGGAACUCCGCAGGGUGACCAGGGAUCCGCGAAGGAAUCGAAGAGCUUCGUUGGGACAAGAUGUGCUCAGGAGAAACUUGCAAUUGAUGGCCCAAACCGACCUGUCCGAGGCUCGAGAUGAUGACAUGGUUGAGAUGCCUUCCGCCAGCCCUGCGGGGAACGGCAGCAGCGCAGAAAAGCAGGAUGUCUGGAAGCAACGUCGACAAAAGUCCUUUGGGGAUGCCCACACUGCACAGGAACGUUCCGCCGCUCGCAAGGGUUCAAUCCAAGCCGCAGCCUUUGCCCUCACGACACCGAAGGCAGCCGCGAGGAAGGACACUGUCAACAUGGACGUUGCCAUGCAGAAUCCGUUGCAAACUGAAGACGACUCUUCGUCCCCAUUGUCGCCUACCGGUAACGCGGCGGCAAGCAAAGACGAUUCGUACAUGCCUGGGUCUCGGCGACACGCUGGAAGCUCCGCAGGGACGCAUAGGCGCUUGCGUCGUCGUGGUUCAUGUGCAUGAGACCACUGGCAAAAAGUCUUGCUGAACAAGAAUUUGUAGGAUAUAAUAUCUUCAAACUAAACGUACUGCUAGGAUUGUUUGUAUCCAAU